AGUCCCUGUCCAUCAGUCCCUGUCCAUCAGAGUCCCUGUCCAUCAGUCCCUGUCCUUCAGAGUCCCUGUCCAUCAUUGUCGCUGUCCAUCAUUGUCCCUGUCCAUCAGAGUCCCUGUCCAUCAGAGUCCUGUCCAUCAGCGUCCUAUUCAUCAGAGUCCCUGUCCAUCAGUCCCUGUCCAUCAGAGUCCCUGUCCAUCAGUCCCUGUCCAUCAGAGUCCUGUCCAUCAGCGUCCUAUUCAUCAGAGUCCCUGUCCAUCAGUCCCUGUCCAUCAGAGUCCCUGUCCAUCAGUCCCUGUCCAUCAGAGUCCUGUCCAUCAGCGUCCUGUCCAUCAGUCCCUGUCCAUCAGUGUCCCUGUCCAUCAGUCCCUGUCCAGAGUCCUGUCCAUCAGAGUCCCUGUCCAUCAGUCCCUGUCCAUCAGAGUCCCUGUCCAUCAGUGUCCCUGUCCAUCAGAGUCCCUAUCCAUCAGAGUCCCUGUCCAUCAGUGUCCCUGUCCAUCAGUCCCUGUCCAGAGUCCUGUCCAUCAGAGUCCCUGUCCAUCAGUCCCUGUCCAUCAGUCCCUGUCCACCUGUCCAUCAGUCCCUGUCCAUCAGAGUCCCUGUCCAUCAGUGUCCCUGUCCAUCAGUCCCUGUCCAGAGUCCUGUCCAUCAGAGUCCCUGUCCAUCAGUCCCUGUCCAUCAGAGUCCUGAUCAUCAGUCCCUGUCCAACAGAGUCCCUGUCCAUCAGAGUCCUGUCCAUCAGUCCCUGUCCAUCAGUCCCUGUCCAUCAGAGUCCCUGUCCAUCAGUGUCCCUGUCCAUCAGUGUCCCUGUCCAUCAGAGUCCCUGUCCAUCAGAGUCCCUGUCCAUCAGUCCCUGUCCAUCAGAGUCCUGUCCAUCAGAGUCCCUGUCCAUCAGUCCCUGUCCAGAGUCCUGUCCAUCAGAGUCCCUGUCCAUCAGUCCCUGUCCAGAGUCCUGUCCAUCAGAGUCCUGUCCAUCAGUGAAACCAGUCUUACAUCAUGAUGGAGUGAAAGGAUCAUAAAAGAAGCUCCGCCUCCAGAAGCCACACCCCACAACCUUAAACCUAAAACACCAAAAGUUGUAAAACUCAGAGAACCUGAAGCAACAAAAGAACAGCUAAAAACUAACCAASAGAAGCUGAACAGUAGCUAAAAGCUCGCUAAAGUUUCAAAUUAAGCUUCUGAUCCCAGACACCCUAAAGGAUCCAGAGCUGAUGGGUGGACCUGGUUCUCCUUUCAUCUCCUGACCCCCCACCCSUCCGGCUGAGGUCCAAACGGGGCCACAGAACCAUCGUCUGUUUAAUGAGCUUGGUUCCCAGGGACAGAAUAACUGGACUGUAAAUAUCAGCCGAAAGUUCAAAAACAGCCGAAAUCUUUUGUUGGAAAAACCAGAUUUAAUGAAUCAAUACUUUUAUUGGGUUUAUUAAAAACCAAUUAAAAUUUAACUUUAAUGUUGAAAAACAAACAUGAAGAAACUGAAUCAGACCAACAGUAACUCAGAUCAAACCCAACGAAUCAUUGACUUUAAACAAAGAGCUCCGGGACCAGGACUUGAACCCUGGACCUUCUUGCUGUGAGUCAGCAGURUGAACCGCUGAUCCACCGUGUUUCAUGUUUUAAACAUUCAUUUAAAUCAAUAACAGGUAAAAGKUCCUGAACGAUUGGAAACAAACGGUGAAAACUGAACCGGUUCUGAUCAAUAUUUGAUGAGUCAUCAGAUCCGAGAGGCACCAUGGAAACUUGGGUUCCUUCAAACCGGGACACGGACCAGGUGGUACGAUCCGAACCGCCUCUGCAGACGCAGCAAAAACACGUCUGGUUUGUUUUCAUCAGGAAUGACUGAAGCUAAAAGAGCUAAAGUUUAGCUGCCUGCGGCUCAUAUCAGCUGCUUCAGUUUCCUGACAGUAAAAUGUUUUUUAGAUUUAAAGGUCCAGAUCUCAGAAGAAUCCCUUAAAGAUGUUUGGGUCUAUGGACCCUUGGUUUGUGGUUUGUGGGGUCUCACAAACUGGGAUCUGGUCUCAAAAACUGGAAUCUGGUCUCAAAAACUAGACUCUGGUCGUCUCUGGUUUCAGAAACUGGACUCUGGUUGUCUCUGGUCUCAGAAAUUGGACUCUGGUUGUAACUGGUCUCGGAAACUGGACUCUGGUUGUCUCUGGUCUUGGAAACUGGACUCUGGUUGUCUCUGGUCUCAGAAACUGGACUCUG